GAAGUAAAAAUCGAGUAUUCCCAUCCGCUGAUGACGACCCAGCAUUUUUACACCUAGACUCUCGGCCCUUUUAGUCUGCCCCGACUACUGCACCUCGUAAGAUGGACGAACUCUAUUCAUCUCCCUCGGUCAACGACACCCUCUGGAAGACAUUCGACCUGCCCAUCAUGAGGCAGGACGUCAGCGUAGCUCAGGAGCGCUUCCGUAUGUUGGUGGUCGUCGUUGGAUUGUUUCUGAAUACCCUCGUCGUUCUGGUGGUGAGCGGAUCGCGACAAUUGCGCUACCCACGUCACGUCUUCUGGGCCGCCAUUUCUCUGUUCGAGUGCCUCUUCUUGGCCGAGUGCGUCCUCGAACUGGCCGUCAUCGUCUAUAAAAACCAAUCAGCCUGCCGAGUGUUUGUCCUGUUAGCUUCCGUCGACUACUCCAUCCUGUUGGUCUGCCUGUCGCUGGCCGCAUUUGAUCGCUACUUGUCCAUCGUUCGCUACGAAUGGUACAAGAAAAGCGUCACCGUUGGCGGAGUGGUUUGGUUGCUCUCCCUGGCCUCGCUCCUGACGUUCGUCAUUGUCACCGGCCCGUUUUGGACCGGCUAUCUCUCCAUCCACACCUGCACCGUCAAUUUGGCUCACGUCUACUAUGUUUUCGCCUAGGACUUGUGCCUGGGCAUUCUCUGCGUCAUCCUCCACUUCAAAAUCUUUGUCGAGUCCAAGAAUCUCAUCCGACAGUACAAGUCGAGUUACCGCCGGGAGCCCAUGACCGUCAGGUUCAUCAACCACUCAACGAUUCAACCAUCCAUCACGGAUCUGGCUGAAGGACCGACUUUGACGAUGGACGACACUUCGCAUUCGGCCAAAAGAGUUUUCGUCGAUUACGCUGGAAAUAAUUCAUCAGUAGCUGUCAGAAAUAAAAACACCGGUGGUCCAAUCGCUUCAUUCGCCGCCCAAGAAAAUAUCGAUUCGACCGAAUGUUUUCCUUGGACGAUUCAACGGCAUCACUCCAAUAACGUCAACCGUCUAGAAGUGCGGGCGGCCCUUAGCAUGUCCGUCAACGUCCUGCCGUUUUGGCUGUGCACAUUUCCAGUUUCUGUUCACGCGAUCGCCAUGUACUGGUGCAUCCGCCUGGAGGGUGAUUGUGCGGUCGUUCUGAGUGUCGGGUCUUUUGUCCGCGAUUUCUUCCUGUUUCAUUCCAUUUAUAAUCCGAUCAUGUACAUGUCGACCAGCAGCGAAUUCAGACGUUCCCUCCUCCACAUUGCCUGGAAAUUGAAAAACAAGUUAUUCGUUCUCCUUCACAGCAUCAGAUGAUGAUGAAGUCGACGUUCCUAAUUAUAAAUGUGCUCACCAUUCAUCACUGCUUCUUCUCUCUGCUGCAUGCACAAAAGCGCAGAGAUGCCAUUCAAUUGCAAAGAGGCGAACUUGAAUGGAUGCCCUGGGGCUUUUGAUUCUUGUCAUUUAUUUAAAAUUGUUGAAAUCAGCAUAUAAACCAGAAAAUAUCAAACGGUGGACGUUUCAAAUCUGAGAUAAGCAUUUUUGGGCCAAUAAUAGAGGCUCGUCAAUUAAUAACGAACCCAAUACUCCCUUAUGGGUCCUUUUGGUGGAUGAGCGAUUGAUGUUUUCUCGAAUUACUUUUUUUUCCUCAGGAAUUUCUCAUCACAAAAUGCCUGAUUGCCGGAAUUCUGAUUCGAAAUAUUUGCGUUGCGUUUUUCAUCUGAAUUAUCAAAGCCUUGAUCUGCCAACAACCCAAUAAAAGGCUUACACAUUUUUCAAAGGGAAAAUGACUUAAUGAGCGCAUUUCUUGCUUAAUGUGAAACUAAAUCAUGUAAACGUAUGUUUACUUAAACGUCAUGAACCCGUGUCAAAGAAAUGUAGAUCUUGAGUUAUUACGAUUUAUUAUAACUGGAAUUAUAACGGAAAAAAACACAAUAUUAUUGUCUUUUCAAAAGGAUUAUCAUAUCACUUCGUGUCAAAAUGGAUGAAACUGGAAAAACAUCUUCUUUAAUACAAGCUUUGUACACCGCAUUCCGCAUAAUCGUCGUGUUAGCUUCUGAAUUAUAAUUUCAAUUCUUCAGAGGAGAAAUAACGGAUUGUGGGAACUGGGAAGGUAUAGGUACACGGUAAGAACCCUAUGAAAACGCAAGCCACAUUACAUGAUAAGAUGAUAAGCGCGAAACCCGCAAAUUGCGGUAAUACAA